AUGAGUACUUCACAGGACCAGAAUGGCUUCAGUAAGAGAGAACCCCUUUUGAGGUGUCAUGAUGCACAGAGGGACUUGGAGCUUGCUAUUGGUGGAGUUCUCCGGGCUGAACAGCAAAUUAAAGAUAACUUGCGAGAGAUCAAAGCCCAGAUUCACAGCUGCAUAAGCCGUCACUUGGAAUGCCUUCGAAGCCGGGAGGUGUGGUUGUAUGAACAGGUAGAUCUCAUCUAUCAGCUUAAAGAGGAGACACUUCAGCAGCAGACCCAACAGCUCUACUGGUUACUGGGCCAGUUCAAUUGUCUUAUUCAUCAACUGGAGUGCACCCAAAACAAAGAUCUAGCCAAUCAAGUGUCCGUGUGCCUGGAAAGAUUGGGCAAUUUGACCCUCAAACCUGAAGAUUCGACUGUCCUAUUCUUUGAAGCAGACACAACUGCUCUGCGCCAGGCCAUCACCACGUUUGGGUCCCUCAAGACCAUUCAAAUUCCUGAGCAGUUGAUGACUCAUGCUAGCUCAUCUAAUAUUGGGCCCUUUAUGGAGAAAAGAGGAUAUAUUCCAUUGCUUGAGCAGAAGUCAGCAUCCAGUACCACAGCUGUCCCUCUCAGUGAAUGGCUCCUUGGAAGCAAACCGGCGAAUGGUCAUCCAGCUCCUUACACACCCAGCACCAAUCUCCAGGACUGGCUCACCCAAAAGCAGAUCUCUGAGAACAAUCAGACUUCCUCCAGAACCUGCAGUCUCUUUAGUAAUGUCUGGGACAACCUAAAGGGCUUGGAAAACUGGCUCCACAAGAGCCAACAAGAAGUUCCUGAAAAACCAUGUUACGAAAAGGGUAACAGCUGUUCUACCACCAGCUCAUGCUCCAUUGAUACUGAAAAGGUUGAAGAUCCAGAGCUUCUUGAUCAAGAUGAGAUGAAUCUUUCUGAUUGGCUGUUGACUAACCAGGACUCUCCAAAGCUGAAGAAGCCUGGGAAUGGCAGCUGUGAAACCAGCGAGAAGUUUAAGCUCCUGCUUCAGAUGUUCCACGAGUCCUACAAUGUGAAUGAUUGGCUUGUCAAGUCCGAUUCCUGCACCAAUUGUCGGGGCAACCAGCCCAAAGGUGUGGAGAUUGAAAACCUGGGCAAUCUGAAGUGCCUGCAUGAGCACAGUGAGGCCAAGAAACCCUUGUCCACUCCCAGCAUGGUUACUGAGGAUUGGCUGGUUCGGAACCAUCAGGACCCAUAUAAAGUAGAGGAAGUCUGCAAAGCCAAUGAGCCCUGUACCAGCUUCUCAGAGUGUGUGUGUGAUGAAAAUUGUGAGAAGGAAGCUGUGUCUAAGUGGCUGCUGGAGAAGGAAGGAAAGGAUAAAAAUGGUAUGCCUCUUGAACCAAAACCUGAAUCAGAGAAGCAUCCAGAUUCCCUGAAUAUGUGGCUCUGUCCUUCCAGGAAAGAGGCAGCAGAACAAGCUAAAAUAUCAAAGGCAGUGGCUCCUUCCAAAAUUGCUGAUUCCUUCACAAUGAUAAAGAGCAGUUCCUUGUCAGAGUGGCUCAUCAUACCCUCAUGCAAAGAAGGACAUCCCAAAGACAGAGCUGGCAAACAAAAGCUGUUGAGUCCGGUGGCCACUUCCUGGUGUCCCUUUAAUACAGCUGACUGGGUCUUGCCAGGAAAGAAGACAGGAAACCUCAGUCAGUUAUCCUCAGGAGAAGACAAGUGGCUACUACGAAAGAAGGCCAAGGAAGUAUUACUUAAUUCACCCCUGCAAGAGGAACAUAACUUCACCCCAGAACAUAACUAUGCCCUCCCAGCAGUUUGUGAUCUCUUUGCCUGUAUGCAGCUUAAAGUUGAUAAAGAAAAGUGGCUAUAUCGAACUCCUCUACAGAUGUAA